CCAGCUGCAGGCUUCAGGAUAAAUCUGUUCUUAUCCAUUUUCUAAAGAAAUCUCUGCAUCUGCAAGGGUCUUGAUUUUCCAAGCUUAGCAGUGUCAUCCUUGGACAAAGGAACCCAGACCUGAUUUCUGGUUGUUUGAAGUUGGUUUUCUGAGAGGAGUUUGGCUUAUGGGAAGUGUGGAGCCUGUUUGUGAGUUUUGUGGGGUGGCGAGGGCAGUGGUGUACUGCAAACAGGACAUGGCGCCCCUUUGCUUGCAGUGUGAUGGCUUUGUGCACUCUGCAAAUUUUAUAUCACGACGCCAUGUCCGUUCCCUUCUAUGUGACAAGUGCAAUUCCCAGCCAGCAACAAUUCAAUGCCUAGAAGAUGAAGCCUGUCUUUGUGAGAGCUGUGAGUGUAAUGUUAAUUCCUGCUUGGGAUCUGAACACAAGCACCAGCCCUUAAGCUUUUAUUCGGGCAGUCCAUCCCCGGAAGAGUUCAUACAAAUUUGGUCAUCUUCUCCAAGCUGCAAGAGUCCAGUAUCUUUGAGUACAAUUUGCAUCAACAGCUAUUGGGAGAGUAGGAACAAUAAUAGAAGCUUGUUCUGGUCAGUGACAUCAUUGACCAACAGGAUGAAGGAAUUGGAAUCUUUUACUAAGAUGUCCUCAUCACCCAUGAGUCCACCUCAAGCACUGUUCUUCUCCUCAGUGCCACAACUUUUAAAGCAAGACCCUUCAGAGUCGCAGAAUCUUCAUAUUUGCAAUGAUAAUAAUCUCUGCGAGGGGAGCAUGGAUGACGCAGAAUUGAAUUUAGAGAAGAGUGAUAAGGUGUAUGGCAGCUCAGAGUCUUAUAUCAAUUCUUUCGAGGAUGUUGGAAUGAGUUGCCCAUACAUGGACAAAAGCUUGCCAGCUGUUGAAUCUAAUAUCGAGGCUGUGAAUGAUCAAGAACCUAUAAACCCCUGCAGAAGCCAAAGUGUCAACCUAAAUUUUCCUACUGGGCUAGUUCAAUCUGGUGCCUCACUCUCCCUAUCCAACAUCACUGGUGAAAGCUGUGUUGCUGACUAUCAAGAUUGUGGAUUAUCGGCAGUAAUUUUAAAUGGGAAUCCAACUUGGGAUGCGAAUCUGGGGACUAGUUGCUCUCAGGCAAGGGUUGAAGCCAAGAGGAGAUACAAUAAGAAAAAGAAAACCCGAAUGUAUGUUCGGGAAACAAAUAAGAUAUGCUUCUCGUAAAGUCAGAGCUGAUAGUAGACAACGUGAAAAAGGUAGGUUUGUGAAGGCAGGUGAAACUUAUGGCUACAAUUUCCACUAAAAAUCAUAUCUUCACUCUUUCCGACUAACCCUGCUUAAGUAAGGCACCAAACUAUCCUAACCUACCUGCUCAAACUGAGAAAGAAGUCAAAAUGCAGACACUCUGUUUCAAAUGCUAACCAUGUUGAAAGAGUAAGGAGAUGGGGAGAUGGGGAGAUGGGAAGCAGCAUGGUUAUUCACCAGUUUCUCCAAGCUCAAGCAUUUAUUGUUCUUUUCCUUUCUGUAAAUAGAAGCAUUGAUGUAUGAAGAAGAUAUCCAUUCUAAAAACUAGCAGGUUCUCUGUUCUUCCUAGAGUUAAAAAGGGAUAGACUAUUCUUUAGAAUCUUUGUGUAAUAAUAUCAGUAAUUUGCCCUCAUGCUUCUUCAAUAU